AUGGCCACAGCUGCCUCGAAUCCCUACAGCAUUCUCAGUUCCAGCUCUAUGGUCCAUGCGGACUCUGCGGGCAUGCAGCAGGGGAGUCCGUUCCGAAACCCUCAGAAACUUCUCCAAAGUGAUUACUUGCAGGGAGUUCCUAGCAAUGGGCAUCCCCUCGGGCAUCACUGGGUGACCAGUCUGAGCGAUGGAGGCCCAUGGUCUUCCACACUGGCCACCAGCCCCCUGGAACAGCAAGACGUGAAGCCUGGGCGCGAAGACCUACAGUUGGGCGCAAUCAUCCAUCACCGCUCUCCGCACGUCGCCCACCACUCUCCGCACACUAACCACCCGAAUGCUUGGGGGGCGAGCCCGGCUCCGAAUCCGUCCAUCACGUCGAGCAGCCAACCCCUUAACGUGUACUCGCAGCCGGGCUUCACGGUGAGCGGCAUGCUGGAGCACGGCGGGCUCACUCCACCGCCGGCCUCUGCCUCCACGCAGAGCUUACACCCAGUGCUCCGGGAACCCCCAGACCACGGCGACCUAGGUUCGCACCACUGCCAGGACCACUCGGACGAGGAGACACCAACCUCAGAUGAGUUGGAACAGUUCGCCAAACAGUUCAAACAAAGAAGAAUCAAGUUGGGCUUCACGCAGGCUGACGUGGGGCUGGCGCUGGGCACACUGUACGGCAACGUGUUCUCUCAGACCACCAUCUGCAGGUUCGAGGCCUUACAACUGAGCUUCAAGAACAUGUGCAAGCUGAAGCCGCUGCUGAACAAGUGGCUGGAGGAGGCUGAUUCGUCCACAGGGAGUCCGACCAGCAUUGACAAGAUCGCGGCGCAGGGCCGCAAGCGCAAGAAGCGAACCUCUAUCGAGGUGAGUGUCAAGGGCGUACUGGAGACGCAUUUCCUCAAGUGUCCCAAGCCUGCCGCGCAGGAGAUUUCCUCGCUGGCAGACAGCCUCCAGUUGGAGAAAGAAGUGGUGCGUGUCUGGUUCUGUAAUCGAAGACAGAAAGAGAAAAGAAUGACUCCACCAGGGGAUCAGCAGCCACACGAGGUUUAUUCGCACACGCACACGGUGAAAACAGACACGUCCUGCCACGAUCUCUAA